ACUGUGGUUGUGUACAAUAUGGCGAUGCAGGGGUCGGCGAUUUUGAACUUAAAAAUCGUGAAUUAACACUUAAAAAGUCAGAACAAUGUAAUAUAAGAAAUUUCUGUGAGGUAUUCGGGAAAAAAAUUGCGGACCUUUUGCUAUUGUUUUAAAUCUUCAAUCUUAUUUAAUUGAUAUUUGUGAUAUUGAAAAGUGUCAAAAUCAAAUCUCUUGGAGUUUAUCAUUCACACAUAAAACUUGAAAAUGACAGCAGCAGCUUUGUAUGCAUUAGACCCUUACAGGAAGAAUGCUUAUUCAGACCAUGUAUCAUUUGAUAUUGAAUACAAGACACCAUAUGCUUCGAAGAUUAAAGUUGGGAUUGAAAACACUGAGAGAGCAGUAGAGGAAUACAAUCCAGAAGUCAGCUUACAGAAAACUCCUGCACAAACAUGGGAAAUGGAUGUAAGAUCUCUCGUCAAUUCCAAGAAAUGGCUCUCUCAGUAUGGUUUACGGAGGAGCAAACUAACACUGUAUCAGAUUCUACCAGUUAUAGGGUUCAAAGUCAGUGACGAUUUUGAUAGAUCUCUCAAAAGACCAAUCAGUUCCAGGUAUGCAGAUGGCCUUUUCCAUCAGAUAUUAAGACCUGAUGGUAAAACUUUCAAUAUUACAUGCAGUAGAGAACAGUUAAGACAGAUUGAGGCACGUCUUAAUCAGUCAUUGCUGUUGUUCAAACGAAGACUUGAAUGGCUGACAACAGAAAGUCGCCGUUUGUUUGGUGUGAUAGAAGAGAAAGCAUUGACAAUUGUCCUUGAUAUACGUAAUAUGUCUCCUGUCCACUUUGACCAAUAUAGAAUGGCUUUAGAGAGAGUGAUUUAUGAACAACUGACUCAAGUUGUCAAAUUUAAUUUGAUUAGGUCGACAGAUGAUAUAGAGAAAUACCAACCAGAAUGUGUACCAGUGACACAUGAUACAAUACAAGGAGCUGUAGACUGGGUCUGGGGACUAGAUAGAUUAGCACCUGUGGCUAAAACUUCAACAUGUGAAGCUAUUAUAAAGGCUUCCAUGGACCCUAAUAAUGAGGCUAUUUAUCUGUUCACUGAAGGAACAGCUAUAGAAACAUGUAAAGAAAUAUUAAAAGAAAAGGUGAGAGAUCUACACCACAAAGUGCCUGUCCACACUGUUGCCUUUAACUGUGAUGACUCAGCUACUGUAAGGUUCCUUAAAGACUUUGCUGACAGAACUUGUGCCAAAUUUCAUGCUUACUCUGUGAUAAUGGAGAUGGAUAGUUAUGAAUCCUCCCCUAUUGACCCUCGUAACAAUAGAGCUAACAUAGUGCUGAAGAAACGUACCUAUGGUGGAGUUCCUCCAGGGGCGGGGAUGAGAGAAGAUGUAGCUUUAUUGUUUGAGGAGAUAGAGGAAACAAGGAACACUAUUGCUCAAGUACAAGCUAUUAUGGAAGAAGUGCCUGAACCUAAAGUUCUUGUUGAAUCUGUGAUAGAUAAGACGGACCUUAGUGAAAGAGAUGAACAAUACAUGGGUACAAAACAAUGGUUGAACAUUUAUGGACUUGGUGCUCGAAGACUAGAAUUAUGGGAUGUAUUAGGAAGUGUUGCAUUCAAACAUCGGGAUGGAAUCGUUGAUCUCAAAGUCAAGCCAGAAAAUAAUACACAAACUGAAGCACUGACACACAGUAAGCUUAUUAAUGCAAGAUAUUGUGACAAGUUUCCUGUGGUCAAGUGGAAAGAUGGACAGGUCAUGCAUGUCCAGGUCACACCUGAGAUACAUAGAAGAUAUGAAAGAAAGAUUAAUAUUUCGCUCAGAUCAUUCCAUCAAAGAAUUGACUGGUUGAAGCAAGGAAGUAGAGCUUUAUUUGGUACAGUUAUAGAGGACCAGAUCUACGUACUGAUAGACACUUCAGCCUCAAUGUUACCCAGUAUUACCUUUGUAAAGGACAAACUCUUUAUACUAAUGCAGGAACAAUUGAGACACAAAAAGAAGUUUAAUAUGGUAGCAUUUAACUCCAAAGCAAUAACCUGGCAGAAUAGGAUGGUUGAUGUUACAGAGCAGGCUCUGAUUGGUGCUUGGAAAUGGAUCCAGAACUUGUCGUGCUGGGGUUCUACAAAUACAUACGCUGCCUUACAACAUGCAUUAUCUGACCCGGGAACACAGGCUAUAUACUUACUGACGGAUGGUAGACCUGAUCAACCACCAAAGUCAAUCAUUGCUCAAGUACAAAUGCAGCACUGUGUUCCUGUUCAUGCCAUUUCCUUUAACUGUAAUGAUACAGAGGCAAACCAGUUCCUGUCUGAUUUGGCCCAGGCCACAGAUGGAAGAUACCAUUAUUUCUCUGAGAAAGGGAUUGAUGCAGACCAGCCAAAAUCUUGGGAGAGUGAAGACAUUAGGCUGCUGAAGGAAGAAAUAAGAAGAGGAUUAGAACAUUUACAGAAGAUAGAAGAUCUCAGGGAUGAAUGUUCUAAUCUAUCAUGGAAAAGUGAGGUGGAGAAUCUGAAGGAAAGAAGAUGUAGUAGAAAUCAUCCAAUGCCAAAAACUGACAGACCAUCAGCUGUUCCUGCUAUGGAUCCAUCUGAGAUCUUUCGUCCAGAUCCAUUGAGUAUACCACGCCCGAAGAGUGCCCCUCCCCCAAGGGAGGACAGACAAACACCAUCACCACCACCUAGAUCAGCUUCCCCUCCUGUUCAGAAAUCAUCCCUAAGGAUUCGUAGAUAUUCACGCCCAGUUAGUGCUAGAAAGUCAUCUCAGAAUCCACUAAGUGCUUCAAAAUCAGAAAUAUCAUCUCGUCCUCGCAGAAAAUCAGCUCACACAAGAACAAGUUUACUACGUACAAUGACAAGCACUGGAAGAUUUGAUCCUGAUGAAUGGUUACUGCCAGAAACCCGACAGUUGUUUGAAAAACAAGCCAAACAGCAACAACAGUUAGCUGAAGCUCUACAACGCUUUCAUCUUUCUCCGUAUGUUGUGGAACGUAGAAACGUUGACCAAAAGAGGGAAAAUGCAAGGACAUUUAGAAAGAAAAGACUAGCAAGGGCCAAAGAAACAUCAUCAAAAAUGUGGUUGAGCAAGCAUGGGCUGGUUGCUAAGAAACUGACUAUACUGGAUGCACUGGCACCAACAUUUAUACCACGAAGAGCUAAAUAUGUCCCUAUACUGGAUAGACAUGUACUAUCUAAAGUGUUUGAUGAUAUAUUACCAAUGGCCCAUGUAUCCAGCAGAAAACCACAUGUUACAUUAAUAAAUCCUUCAGCAGUUGAUUUACAAGGUUAUGAACAGAAAGUACACAAAGCUAUAGUAUCCUAUCAUAAACGUCUCAAUAAAAUUGUAUGGGAAGCUCUGCCGGAAGAAGAACGCAAAAAACUUGAUUCAGACAAGCCUGUUCCAUUCGAGGAGAAUCGCAAUGAAUUAUUGGAUGCAUUAGAUAAUGCUGGUUGGCCAAUCAAAGAAAAUGAUAUUAUAUUACUAGAAGAAGAAAUCACUAGAGCAAAUAAUUUUCUACAGCAAUCAAAAGACCUUCGCCGAGCCUCAGACCCUCGACGAAAAGACAGUUACGAUAAUUUACUUGAGCGUGUAAUGGAUAUGGAUGACCAAGAUAAGUCAUCAAGUUCUAGCUCAAGCGACAGCGAAAGUGAUGACAGUCGAAGCGACCAUAGUGACAAGGGAAACAAGAGCGUCAAGAGUGAGAAAAGUGACAAGGGUGACAGAAGUGUUAGAAGUGACAAGAGUGACAAAGGAGACAGGAGUGUCAGAAGUGACAGAAGCAAGGACAGGAAAGAGGAUGAUGAUUUAAAUGUCUAUGAUGAUAAAGCAAGUGUUGCCUCCAGCCUAACUGAUAAGAGUACACAUGACUUUUUCGAGGUCAGUCACUACUGCCAGGCUCUCAUACGCAAAGUCCAUAACAAGAUAUACAUUUACAAAAUUAGUCGCAAGAUGGAGAUGGAAGACAAAUUAGAGGGAUUUCAUCUUCAAAAUCAUUAUAAAGACUACAUUCUCAGGUAUUAUGAUGAAAUGAGCAGGAAUGGAAACGGGAAGAGGAGGAUAUUGAAAAACAAAUCUGAUUCAUCAGGGAGUUUGAGCCAGGUAAUGAAGUCACACCCUGAGAAGGUGUACGACAAUAAGAUGGAGAAGAUACAGUUUAAUUCAGCUAUCAUCAGGAAAGUUUUAGACACAUUGAAAGGACAGAGUGUCAUUGCUAGGAAUGAUAAAGAUGGAUUUUACUAUCCCGGGACAGUUGUAAGGUGUCCAGAUCCAAGACAUGCUGUUAUACAGUUUGAAGAUAAGGAAGAGAGAACUGUUCCCACCAGACUUGUUAUUGCAAUGAGUGGUGCUAUACCUGUGCCUUUGUUAAGGGCAGGUGAUUGUGUGUUGGUGAGAGUACAAUAUAACAGUGAUAAGUCUGACUGUUAUGUUCCUGGUAUUGUACAAGUGAUACCAGUACGUGAGGAGGCCUCAAAUAAAUUCUACACAGUGCUCAUGUUCAAUGGACAACAGGCAACAACAUCAAGAAAUUUAUUGAUGAAGAUCAGUAAAUGUAGAUUUGAAUUUGCCAUUAGAUAUAUUGCUGAUAUACAGAAUGUCGACAGCAAAAAAUAUGAAGAUAAAGUGUAUGUCACUCCAAGAACACCAAGGACUCCACGACCUUCAGAUAAACAGAAAAAAGUGAGGAAAGAAGAAAAGACUGUGCUUAAGAAAAAGGAAGAAAGACAAAGAUCAAAAUCAUCAGAUUCAUCAAGAUCUAGGUCACGAUCAUCAUCACGUUCAAGAUCACGCUCUGGGUCACCAAAACAGUCCAGAUCUAGGUCUAGAUCAAGGUCAAGUUCUAGAUCAAGGUCACGAUCAAGAUCAAGAUCCAGAUCUGUGUCAUCUAGGUCAAGGUCUCCAACACCAGAAAAAACAUUAAAGUCAGAAGACUCAUCAAAGAAAGAAAGACAAAGGAGAUCUUCUAGCUCUAGUUCAGGGUCAAGGUCAGAAUCUAUUCCUCUGAGGCCUAAGUCAUCAAAAGUACGGAAAUCACCAAUAGAAAGGCCAGUUACUCCUGUAUUGGGACAACAUGAAGAAGAGGAAAGGGAAAGAAAAAGAAUUAAAGAAAAAAAGAGAAAGCGUAAAUUGAAAGUGUUGAGAAAACAAUUAUUAAAACAACAGGAGGAGCAGGAACAGCAGCAAUUGGCACUAAAGCAACAGAGAAAGAAAAUGAAGAAGAUGAAGAAGAGAUUGAAAAAGAAGAAAAGACAGGAAAGAACAAGUGAGAGAUAUGUACUAGCACAUGGUCCUGUUAUCCCAGUAGAAAGUUCCUCUGAGACAGAUUCUGAUGAUGAUUAUAGCAGCAGACAAGGGGAGAAAGACAAGGUUUAUGAGAAAAUGCCAGGAAUUUUGAUUUUAAGAAGAUCAUUGCCACAUUUAAGAGAAGGAGAGGAGGUAUUAGCUAGAUGGUCAGAUGAAGGCUGGUAUUUCAGAGGUAUUGUUAGGGAGGAUUGUGGUGAUCGUAGUUAUAUUGUAGAGGACGCCACUCAUCAAGUUGAGAAAAUCUGGAGAGAAGAUAUUAUAACAGACUAUGAUGAUGCUAACCAAAUAUUACAGCCAAAGGAUCCAAUUGUUGCCUUACACCCACUUUACAGCUUUAGCUAUGCCCCUGGAGUUAUACUAGAAGUAUAUCACAACAUGUGGAUGAAGGUCAGAUUUUAUGAUGGAGAAGAAGCCAAGAUUCCUAGAGAGGAAGCAUUUAAACUGACAUCAGAAAAGUUUGAACAUGAUGUUAAUUUUAUCAUUGAAUGUGAGACAAGAUGGGUGGAGCAAGCUGUUGUAGCCCGGGAUGACAGAUAUGGAACAUAUCAUUUAGCAUCAGUAAAGAAGAGAAUAGGAAAUGGCAGAGAAUAUCUCCUAGAAUGGUGUGAUGGAUCACAAGCUCAGCAAAACUCCAUCCAUAUAUUUGGUGUAUACACCAAACAUCAUCGUCUGGCCGUAGGAGACCAUGUGUUGGCAAUGAUGGAUGAACAACAACAUAUGUAUCUACCAGGUUGGAUAGCUGGUAUUGUUGGUGAUAAGAUAAAUAUCAAGUUCUGUGAAGGAUCUAUAAAAGAUGUAGAUGAUGUACUGCAAUGUUUCUGGUUAAGUAAUGAUUACUAUGACAACGCAGUCCAGUUCUUUACAAAAUGUCAGGAAGUACAGUUAGAAAGUGACGAAGUUACAACAAACAAGGAGGAAUACUGAUUUAUUUUAAUUGAUAUUGUUUCUUUUGAUAUUGUUAUAAAUUUAUAUGCUUAAAAACUGUAGUAGGUGGUAAUAGAAGUUUUUUCCCAACAAAUUCUAUUCAAUGAAAUGACAUCCAAUUGUUAUAGGCUUAUUCUUUGUUAUUCCAAUUCAGGAAAAAAAAGGGUUCUUUAUCAUACAUGAUCUUCCGUAAAUGACCCCACUUUCAUUUUGGGAAGUCUGGUUUCCAACAGCAAGGAACAAACCUAGAGGGUAUAAAUGGGAAGCACAUUUUUUGUUUUUUUCACAAAACGACUGAGUAUCAAUAUGUCUAUUUUUAAUGGUCAUUUUGCCUAUAAAAUUAGACACAGAAAAAACCCAAAAAUAAUCAUACUGUGGACUUGAUCAUUAUUAUUCAUUGGAUACCAAUCUUCGUGUUUUUCGUGGGUACAGGUGAACCACGAAUUUAAAAGUUCAACGAAUUACAAAUUUUCUAGCAGGUUGUAUGCAAACUUUGGCAAAACCAUGAAAUCACAUAUCCACGCAAAGGAAAGUUGUCUAAAUCCAUGAGAAAUGGUACCCACGAAAAUAAAUGAAUUCACAGUAGAUAACUUUUUCAAACAUCUUAAUGAAUCAUUUGAUAAUAAAAUGGUAGGAUCAUGCUGUUUAUACAUACUUGAGUCUUGUAUAAUUCCACCAUUGUAACAAAUGCAGUUUCAUGACUGUGUACCCUGUAAAACUCCAUCUACCAAACAAACAUUCUGUUUCAAAAGGUCCACAGGAGAUUUUUUUGUUUAACUAUAUUAACGCAUACAUUUUAAUUCAUUCAUUGUUAAUAACUAACAGAGUUAUACUCAUGAUGAAACCCAAAAGCUUUAAUCUUACUGACAACAAAAAUUAACAAAAAAAAUACUGCAGAAGGAAUACAAAGGAGAAUUCUAUGUCCUUGUAUAGAAUUGACUUACUGCAAUCCUAACAAAUAAAAUUAAUUGACAUGUGGUGAAGUAAGGCUGUUUUCAUUUUAUUUCAUAAAUAAUUAUGUCCGUCCAUAUUGCAUUCAAUUAGGUGCUUUGUUGAUAUAUGAUGUGAUAUAUUUGCAGUAGUAACAAUUUUUGUUAUGAUCAUUCCCUUGAGGGUCUGUCUCAAAAAUUUAUUUAUAUAUUUUAUUUUUGUAAUUCAAUAGAUUUUAUGAUUAUUUUUAGAGUUGCAAAUAAACAUUAAGUCAAUUUUAAGUAUAUAUUUAAAAUUGACAGAGUUUGUUGUAGAAUAUUUUGUUGGUGCAUUUAUAAUGUAAAAAUUCCAUUUAUAAUAUGAAACUUAUUAAGAUUUUACUUGUAAAUGAGUCUAGUAUUUCCUUUUUAUAAGUCUUAAACUAUUGUCACUGAACAAUUAGUUAUAUUUGUUUCAUAGUAGUUUUUUGGUGGGCGAUCUUUUCAUUUGUAAAACAUUGUCUUGCUUUUGUUUUAAGCAAGAAUGCUUACUAAAAUCAUAGAUAUGAAACUUUUCGGUAUGUUUUAUUAAUAAUUACAGAUACAAAUACUGUAACAGAAAAGUUUCUAAAGUUACAGAAUGAUCAAAGAAGCAAAACAAACUAAUAUUUGAUUUUGAAAAUGUAUCUGCUUUUUGUUAUCAUAUUAAAUCAAUACAACAGAGACAUGUAACACGUUUAAUUUAGGUUUUUUUUUUGUUGAGAGAAACUCAUAAAAGAUGAAAAAUAAAAAUUAUAUAACUAA